GGUCUCUUCUCUCACUCUUGGCCGACGCGGCAAACAGUGGUCUCCCUCCGUUCGUACGCGUGUGUGUGUGCAACCGCUACGACCUUUCUAACUCUGCACCAGGACAAUUUAUUCUUAAAGAGCAACCAUACGACAAUAUUCUACGUGUAAAAGGAAAUAUCGUGUUUUGUACCGCAACAACGAAGACCACGAGGGCAUAUACAAGCCGCUGUUGAACAAGUGAUACAGACUCACAUACCUACAUCUCUCAUCACAGAAAAUCAUAGUAUUUAUAACUUCAACAACAAUAAACAGAAGCAUCUCUACCACAGCAAAUACCAUCGUCACUACCACCAUCAUACCUACAUCAGCAACCACCACUACCACCAGCAUGAUCCCUGCACCACUACUCCCCACCACCACCAACAACAACGACACCACCACCAGCAAGACGGAGACAGAAGGUAUGGAUUCAGAAGAGUUCCGGAAGCGGGGGAAGGAGAUGGUGGACUACAUCGCCGACUAUCUAGACACCAUCGAGAACAGGCGGGUCACUCCAGCCAUCGAGCCCGGUUACCUCAAGGACCUGGUACCCCUAGAGGCCCCACAACGACCAGAACAGUGGGAUGACAUCAUGAAAGACGUCGAGGACAAGAUCAUGCCAGGGGUUACUCACUGGCAGCACCCAAGGUUCCACGCGUACUUCCCCUCAGGCAACUCUUACCCCAGCAUCCUCGGGGACAUGCUGAGUGACGGUCUCGGCUGCAUUGGUUUCUCAUGGGCCGCGAGUCCUGCCUGCACCGAGUUGGAGACCAUCGUCCUAGACUGGCUGGGCAAGAUGGUGGGUCUCCCAGAAGAAUUCCUCUCCUUCAGCGAGAACAGCAAGGGCGGAGGAGUCAUACAGGGCUCGGCGUCUGAGUGUGUGCUUGUGUCGCUCCUGGCCGCCCGCGCCCACACCAUCCGUCAGCUGAAGAAGCAACACCCGUUUGUGGAGGAGGGCGUCCUGCUCUCAAAGAUGAUGGCUUACUGUAGCAAGGAGGCACAUUCAUGUGUCGAGAAGGCCGCCAUGAUGGCCUUCGUCAGGCUAAGGAUCCUGGAACCCGAUGAGAACCAGAGCCUGAGAGGCUCCACCCUCCAGCAGGUAAUGGAGGAGGACCGUGCCAUGGGUCUCAUCCCCUUCUACGUCGAGACAACCUUGGGCACCACCUCGUGCUGCUCCUUCGAUAACGUAGCUGAGAUCGGUCCCGUGUGUGCAGAGUACGGGGCGUGGCUGCAUGUUGACGGUGCUUACGGUGGCAACUCCUUCAUCUGUCCCGAGCUGAGAGGACCUAUGAAGGGUAUUGAGUACGCCUCCUCCUUCAACUUCAACCCCAACAAGUUUAUGCUGACCAACUUCGACUGUUCACUCAUGUGGGUGAAGGACAGGUUCCGACUGACGCAGGCGCUGGUGGUGGACCCACUCUACCUACAGCACUCCUUCUCCGAUAAAUCCAUCGACUACAGGCACUGGGGCAUCCCUCUCAGUCGACGAUUCCGAGCCCUCAAGCUGUGGUUCGUGAUCCGCUCCUUUGGGGUUGAAGGUCUACAGCGGUACAUCCGUGAGCACUGCCGCCUCGCCAAGAAAUUUGAGGCUCAUGUCAAGAAGGAGCCUAGGUUCGAGGUGGCCAGCCCUGUACACCUCGGUCUCGUCUGCUUCAGACUGCGGGGAUCUAACGAAAUCAACCAGAAGUUGCUGUCGACGAUCAACGCGUCGGGGAAGCUGCACAUGGUCCCCGCCUCCCUCAACGACAGAUACGUCAUCCGCUUCUGUGUCUGCAGACAGACUGCGACUGACGCCGAUAUUGACUACGCCUGGAACGUGAUCACAGAGUUCGCUACAAACAUCCAGGACAUCAAGACACCAGAGAUUGUCAACAAGAAUCAGUUGGAGGCGACAAAGGAAGAGAAGGAGGAAGCGGAGAAAGAAGCAGAGGAGAACACCGAGGAUGUAUUCAAAAUGCUGGACUGCAAGAACAAGAAGAGCCUCGAGUUUAAGCGCUCCUUCUUCGUCCGUAUGGUGUCUGACCCCAAGAUCUACAACCCGAAGAUCGUCAGGGGUCUCCCAGCCGCCAGAGACAGACGCCACACGUAUACCGACUCGUCGGAGGAGAACAACGUCCCAGUUAGCUCGCCUACCAUUGACAGCGAUAUCGUGACGGAGCUCCUGCGGCAGACCAACCUUAAAGAGGUCUUCACCGACUCCGAGGAUAAAUUCAAGUUCAUCACCAAGACCACCAGCGACCUCUCCGAGCGCUUCCUAGCUUGCAAACCCAUGAACCAUAUCAGGCGUGGAGGCGAGGUCGGCCAGUGAGACAGCCGAGGUCAUGCAGGUCAUACAUAACGUAACACUGAGCGAUGGGGUGAAGCUUAGCAUUACGUGAUGAUACAAUGAUCAAAUUCACCUCUGUUAACAGUAUUAAGUGUGUACCCGUGACAAGACAUUAUCAGGCACACUAAAGUAAAGCUAUGCACUAGUGAUGUCGUAUGAUGACCGAUACGAUGUUGAACGAAAACAAACACGUGGCAAACAUCCUGCUGGUGGCCACUGUAUAUGACCACAGUGUGUAAUAUGACACUAUAACACGCCUCUUACACGUUAGGAAACUUUAUACACCUACUUUAUGCCUCACAUCAGAAAGGAUCUCUUGUCUCCCGAUAUAUCAUGGUGGGUCUUCCUAUAAGACUCCCAACACACAUUUUUACUCAUAUACCUUUCAGGUCAUAUCAUAUUUAUCCUCAUCUUUACAUUUAAACUAUUCUCAUACCUAUGUUAGAUGCCCCUCCGCGCGUCACAGCUGUGAUAUCCUCUUAGCUAAGCUAUACACAGAAAGCUCUCCGCCUGUUUCCUGUCAUCUCUCGUGGUGGUGGAAACUCAAUCUUCACUUGUGUGUAACUUGUGAACUAUUUUUACAUUUCUUGUUCGUUGUAAAUAAUAUGUUACAACUUUUUUCUAAAUAAAUGAAGACCAUUUUACAUGCGUACAUA